AUGGCGAUAAAGCUUCCCUUUCAUUUCCAUAUGCGCGUCGUCCGUUUCUUGUUCGGUACGCCGUUGUUUGUUACCCCUUUGCUUUGGGGAUAUAGAGACAUCUUUACACCGGGUUUGGCUAACAAGCCAGCUAAACAACCUAGCUAUCCGUUGUUUCAUCUCUUACGCAUAUUUACGUACCAUUCCCUGGAACUAUUCGCGAGUAAACUGCUCUUAUCCCUGUUUGAAACAAAGGACCUAUCUAACGGAUAUAUUCGUACCUUUCCUUGUGGCCUAUCUAUCUACUCACACGAUCAGGAAAUGUGGCCAAUCGCCUAUAUUGAUCGGCUAAGCAUCAUCGGCUUGACAGAUUCCCACGUCUUACUCACCUACCUGCUUAAAGGGCAGGGGCAGGAUACGAACCUAUACCCUUACCUCUUGGCUAUGCCCCUUGCCCAACAGGAGUCGAACCUGCGUAUCCCAGAACCAGAAACCAAUGACCUGCCUCUUAGCUAUGUCCCAUCUCCAACUGGACAAAAAAAAGGUCAAUUAUAUCGAGCCUUGUAUUCCUUUUUCGAUAAGGACCUACGCAAGCCGAUCUUCUUCACAAUGGCAAGGUUGGACCGUGUGAAGAACUUGACUAGACUCGUUGAAUGGUAUGGCAAGAAUGCUCGUCUCCGGGAGCUGGUUCACCUUGUUGUGGUUGGUGGUGAUCGGAGGAAGGAGUAG